AUGCACUUGGAUGUGCCGUCGCCGAUGACGAUAAAGGUUGUAAAUAUCGAAUGUAUAAAUAAUUAUGUAUUUCAUUUGUUUUAGGGCGAUUACAUCAGACAUCCUGUCCUUAACGAAUUGUCACACAAGUAUGGAGUGGCAGGCAGUGAUCAAGUACCUUUGCAAGCCCGACUCGAUGAACUUCGGGAACAUAUACGUCGUGAGAUACGCAAGGAGCUUAAAAUCAAGGCUGGUGCGGAGAAACUGCGCGAGGUAGCAACUGAUCGUAAAGCCUUAUCUGAUGUUGCGAUGAUCGUGAAGAAGGCCAACAGCAAACUGACUGAAUUGCAAGCAGAACUCCAGCAAUUGGAGAGCCAAAUAAUCCUUACACAAGGUCAACCGCAGUCGCCGCAGCAAAAUCACUCUAAUGGACAAGACACGCUUAUGUCUCCAAUGGGACCAUCUUCUCCAAGUCAAGAAGGUCUCUUUACAGAUCUUAGACUUCUCUCCUUGGAAAAACAACUUAAUAUAGAAACAAAGAGAAAUGAUAAUCAGCCGUUUUGACAAUAGGUUAAACAGGGUGCGGAGAAUAUGAUCCAAAGUUUAACGAGUG